CAACCAGUCUGGCUUUGGAAUUUUUUUGGUGUUAGGCAGGAAAUGCUUUUCGGCCAUUCUCGCUCACCUGUCGAUCAGCGCAACCAUUUGCUGGUACUAUUCUCUUGCUUUGGCAUUCUCGCCUCUUGUGAUGAUGCAGAGCUCCACUCAGCCUUCAGCCUGUCCUCCUGAGCUCAGUGACGAUGUUGUCAUUGUUGCAGCAUUCCGGACACCGAUAUGCAAGGCCAAGCGCGGUGGCUUUAAGGACAGCUUCCCGGAGGAUUUACUGGUUCCUGUUCUCAAGGCAGUGGUGGCUCACACCGGCGUAAUACCAGCUGAAGUUGGUGACAUUGUCGUCGGGACCGUCAUAGCACCUGGUUCCCAUCGGGCGGCUGAGUGUCGAAUCGCUGCUCUCCUGGCUGGUUUUCCAGACACUGUACCAGUUCGAACUGUCAACAGGCAGUGCUCAUCCGGUCUACAAGCUGUUGGAGAUGUUGCAGCGGCAAUCAAAUCUGGAUUCUAUGAAAUUGGAAUCGGCGCUGGUGUGGAGUGCAUGUCAAUCGAUUUUGGGGUUCAGCAGCAACCUCGUGUGAAUCCCCAGGUUGAGCUGAACAGCAUGGCUAAAGACUGCUUGUUACCUAUGGGCAUUACGUCCGAGAAUGUUGCUGAGCGAUAUGGCAUCACUCGAGAGGAGCAAGACGAGGCUGCUGUUGUAUCGCACCGGAAUGCAGCAGCAGCAAUCGCAAGUGGAAGAUUCAAAGACGAGAUUACUCCUGUGAAAACCAAGCGUGUGGAUGCCACCACUGAAGAGGUCACAGAAAGUGUCAUAUCUGUGGACGACGGUGUACGCCCCGACACGACCCUUGGCGUGUUGGCGAGACUCAAGCCAGCAUUCAAGAGUGGAGGCACAAGUACUGCGGGCAAUUCGAGCCAAGUUAGCGAUGGUGCUGGAGCCGUUCUCCUGAUGAAGAGAAGCUGUGCAAGUCAGCGUGGCCUGCCAGUCCUGGGAGCAUUCAGGAGCUUUGCCGUGGUUGGCGUAGAGCCCGGUGUGAUGGGAAUCGGCCCCGCGGUUGCGAUUCCAAAGGCCAUCAAAGAUGCUGGCCUGGAGAUUAGCGACAUUCAUCUGUUUGAGAUCAACGAGGCGUUCGCAUCGCAGUACACGUACUGUUGCAAGAAGCUGCAACUUGACCCUGCGAAGGUGAAUGUGAAUGGUGGUGCAAUCGCGCUUGGCCACCCUCUCGGUGCAACAGGUGCUCGCUGUGUGGCAACGCUCCUCCAUGAAAUGGCCAAGCGUGGGUCCGCUUGUAGAUACGGAGUGGUCUCUAUGUGCAUAGGGACUGGCAUGGGAGCGGCAGCUGUGUUUGAGCGAGGAGAUGUGUAAAUUCAUUCGCAAUCGCCUCAACAUUCUACUUCAUAAUACAAACUUUUGCUGUGUUUGACAGUAGAAGGGUAGCGGUUGUGAUCUUUGAGCGUAGAGAGCUUUUGUUACUUUUUAUUCAACAUUAGCACUGCUCGAAGUUCUAUUCCAUAAGAAAAAAUUGGUUUAUGAA